GUAAGCAUGAUGCGACUUCUGCCACUUCUGCUGGGGCUUUUGGGGCCAGGUGGCUACUUGUUCCUUUCAGGGGAAUCUCAGGAGGUGGCCACUCUCACUGUGAAAUACCAAGUGUCAGAGGAAGUGCCGUCUGGCACGGUGAUAGGGAAGCUGUCCCGGGAACUGGGCAGGGAGAAGAGGCGUGGGCAAGCAGGGACUGCCUUCCAGGUCUUGCAGCUGCCUCAGGCACUCCCGAUCCAAGUGGAUUCUGAAGACGGCCUGCUCAGCACAGGGAGGCGGCUGGACCGAGAGCAGCUUUGCCGGCAGCAGGAUCCCUGCCUGGUUUCUUUUGACGUGCUUGCCACAGGGGAUUUGGCUCUGAUCCACGUGGAGAUCCAGGUGCUGGACAUCAAUGACCACCAGCCACAGUUUCCCAAAGGUGAGCAGGAGCUGGAAAUCUCUGAGAGUGCCUCUCUGCGCACCCGGAUUCCCCUGGACAGAGCUCUCGACCCAGACACCGGCCCCAACACCCUGCACUCCUACACCCUGUCUCCCAGCGAGCACUUUGCCCUGGAUGUCAUCGUGGGGCCUGAUGAGACCAAACACGCGGAACUCGUGGUGGUGAAGGAGCUGGACCGGGAAAUCCACUCAUUUUUUGAUCUGGUGUUAACUGCCUACGACAGUGGGAAUCCCCCCAAGUCAGGCACCAGCUUGGUCAAGGUCAAUGUCCUGGACUCCAAUGACAACAGCCCUGUGUUUGCUGAGAGCUCAUUGGCACUAGAAAUCCAAGAAGACGCUGCCCCUGGUACUCUCCUCAUAAACUUGACCGCCACGGACCCUGACCAAGGUCCCAACGGGGAGGUGGAGUUCUUCCUCAGUAAGCACGUGCCUCCAGAGGUGCUGGACACCUUCAGUAUUGAUGCCAAGACGGGCCAGGUGAUUCUGCGUCAACACCUCGACUAUGAGAAGAAUCCUGCCUAUGAGGUGGAUGUCCAGGCAAGGGACCUGGGUCCCAAUCCCAUCCCAGCCCACUGCAAAGUUCUCAUCAAGGUUCUGGAUGUCAAUGACAAUGCCCCAAGCAUCCACAUCACAUGGGCCUCCCAGCCAUCACUGGUGUCAGAAGCUCUUCCCAAGGACAGUUUCAUUGCUCUCGUCAUGGCAAAUGACUUAGACUCAGGAGAUAAUGGUCUGGUCCACUGUUGGCUGAGCCAAGAGCUGGGCCACUUCAGACUGAAAAGGACCAAUGGCAACACAUACAUGCUGCUAACCAAUGCCACACUGGACAGAGAGCAGUGGCCCAAAUAUACCCUCACUCUGUUGGCCCAAGACCAAGGACCUCAGCCCUUAUCAGCCAAGAAACAGCUCAGCAUUCAUAUCAGUGAUGCCAACGACAAUGCACCUGUGUUUGAGAAGAGCAGGUACGAGGUCUCUACUCGAGAAAAUAACCUACCCUCACUUCACCUCAUUACCAUCAAGGCUCAUGAUGCAGACUUGGGCAUUAAUGGAAAAAUCUCAUACCGCAUCCAGGACUCCCCAGUUUCUCACUUGGUAGCUAUUGACUCAGACACAGGAGAGGUCACUGCUCAGAGGUCAUUGGACUAUGAACAGAUGGCCAACUUUGAGUUCCGCGUGAUCGCAGAGGACAGGGGGCAGCCCCAGCUUGCAUCCAGCGUCUCUGUGUGGAUCAGCGUCCUGGAUGCCAAUGAUAAUGCCCCAGAGGUGAUUCAUCCCAUACUCAGUGAUGGAAAAGCCAGCCUCUCGGUGCUUGUAAAUGCCUCCACAGGCCACCUGCUGGUGCCCAUCGAGACUCCCAGUGGCUUGGGUCCAGUGGGUGCUGACACACCACCACUGACCACCCAAAGCUCCCGGCCAUUCCUUUUGGUGACCAUUGUAGCGAGAGAUGCAGACUCAGGGGCAAAUGGAGAGCUCUUCUACAGCAUUCGGAGUGGGAAUGAAGCCCAUCUCUUUGUCCUCAACCCCUACCUAGGGCACUUGUUCAUCAACAUCACCAAUGCCAGCAGCCUCAUUGGGAGUAAGUGGGAGCUGGAGAUAGUGGUAGAAGACCGUGGCAGCCCCUCCUUGCAGACCCGAGCCCUGUUGAGGAUCUUGUUCGUCACCAGCAUGGACCUCUUGAGGGACUCAGCCCGUGAGUCUGGGGCCCUGAGCACAUCGGUGCUGACGGUGAUUUGCCUGGUUGUACUGAUGGCCAUCUUCGGGUUGAUCUUGGCUCUGAUCAUGUCCAUCUGCCGGACGGAGAAGAAGGACAACAGGGCCUACAACUGCCGGGAGGCCGAGUCCACCUACCGCCACCAGCCCAAGAGGCCCCAGAAACAAAUUCAGAAGGCAGAUAUCCACCUCGUGCCCGUGCUCAGGGGCCAGGCAGAUGGGCCUGGAGAAGUUGGGGAGCCCCACAAGGAUGCAGGCAAGGAAGAGAUGAUGGAAGCUGGCUGGGACCCCUGCCUGCAGGCCCCCUUUCACCUCACACCAACUCUGUACAGGACCCUUCGUAACCAAGGCAACCAGGGAUCCCUAGCCGAGAGCCGAGAGGUGCUGCAGGACACUGUCAACCUCCUUUUCAAUCAUCCCAGGCAGAGGAACGCCUCCCGGGAGAACCUGAACCUUCCUGAGUCCCAGCCCGGGAUGGGCCAGCCACGCUCAAGGCCCCUGAAGGUUGCAGGAAGCCCCACAGGCAGGCUGCCGGGAGACCAGGGCAGCGAUGAUGCCCCACUGAGCCCACCGGCCUCCUCAGCAACCCUGAGGCGGCAGCGGAAUCUCAAUGGCAAAGUGGUCCCUGAGAAAGAGUCGGGUCCCCGUCAGAUCCUACGGAGCCUGGUCCGGCUGUCCGUGGCUGCCUUCGCAGAGCGGAACCCCGUAGAGGAGCUCACUGUGGAUUCUCCUCCUGUUCAGCAAAUCUCCCAGCUGCUGUCCUUGCUGCAUCAGGGCCAAUUCCAGCCCAAACCAAACCACCGGGGAAAUAAGUACUUGGCCAAGCCCGGCGGUGGCGGCAGUGCAAUCCCAGACACAGAUGGGCCAGGUGCCAGGACUGGUGGCCAGGCAGAACCAGACCAGGAGGAAGGGCCCUUGGACCCUGAAGAGGACCUCUCUGUGAAGCAGCUGCUAGAAGAAGAGCUGUCGAACCUGCUGGACCCCAACACAGGCCUGGCCCUGGACCGUCUGAGCACCCCGGACCCGGCCUGGAUGGCGAGGCUCUCUUUGCCCCUCACCAGCAACUACCAUGACAACGUGUUCUCCCCGGACGCUGCAGCUUUGGAGGAGCCAAAGACCUUCCAGACAUUUGGCAAGGCGACAGGGCCCGAGCUGAGCCCGACAGGCACGCGGCUGGCCAGCACCUUCCUCUCGGAGAUGAGCUCGCUGUUGGAGAUGCUCCUGGAGCAGCGCUCCAGCGUGCCCGUGGAGGCUGCCUCCGAGGUGCUGCGGCGGCUCUCCGUCUGCGGGAGGACCCUCAGUCUAGACCUGGCCACCAGCGGGAACUCAGGCACGGAAGUACAGGGGGACUCAGGUAGAAAGAAGGGGACUGAGGGCAGGACCGGCAGCAGCAGCAGCAGCAGGGGCCUGUGGAUCCAGGAACCGGGACCCCUGGGAGAAGAUAGGGAGCCCAGGCCCUGAGGAUCCUGGUACAUGAGCUGGUUUCUAAAAUCUCUGAACUCAGUGACCAGAGAUGGCUGGAGAACUUUAGGCUGACUGAUGCUGCCCCACAGAGAGGGCAGGGGCCUCAGGACUAACAGCUGGCUGACCAAAGCAGCUCCUUGUUAGGGGCUGGCUCUGCCUGUGAGUUUUUUGGAGAAUGGAGACAGUUUGUGGCUGAGAUAAGUGUUUGCUGGCAAAACACA